CCCAAGAGGAAAUUGGAUGCUGAUUAAAGAUUGGUCUCAACAGCCAGGGGCUGUGACCUGUGAUUAUUGGAAAGAGGUGAACAGAGGUGUUCUAUCAGACAACGCCUCCCCAUCACAUCAUCCUCUGGCGCGUGUAUGUGCGUGUGACGCUCUCCGGUCAGUGGUUACCUCUGUCGCUCGGCUCAUGUCAGUGGUCAUACAUAUUACAGUGGUCAUACAUAUUACAGUAGCUGUAUGAUGUCAGCAAACUCUAUAAAAUCAAGCCCCCGCGUCUAUCACCCCGAAUUAUAGCCCACUUCACCCGCCCAGUGUUCACCAAGCCCCUGCUAACCACCUGCAGAGGCUCGGCUGUAUCUCCAUCCCUUCUGAUUGUUUCAGCACCAUGGCCAGCGUUCUACUGCUCUUCCUCGCCGCCUCCUGCUGCACGUGUCUCUGUCUCGCUGAAGGCGACACCUCAUUGGAGUUUGAGACUCGCGCUCUAGAGUUCCCCCACAAAUCGCAAGAAGAGAAGGAUCUGAUUGAAGCUUUGCAAGAGGUUCUGGAGAAACUGAAGAACAAACAGAUGCCGUUAUCAGAGAAGAAGCUCGGCUGGCUGCCGUCGUGUGACGCGGGCGAGCAGUGCGCUGUCCGCAAGGGUGCACGUGUCGGAACGCUGUGCGGGUGUCCGCGUGGGACGACCUGCAACUUCUAUGUUCUUAAGUGUUUGUAAGAAGAGGAGAGGAGAAAAGGAUAAACAGCGAAAUAGGAGAGAGAGAACAGAAGCUUUUGCCUCAUUCAGCGGAGCACAUUCAGAUUGUGGAACGUUGUAUUGUAUGAUGAACAAACAUGUCUCUAUCUGACAUGUAGAGUAAAUAGGAAUCGUGUCAGCUUUACUUUCAGUAUGUUGCCCCCUCCUGUCCUGAACGUGACCCUGGUGUGUGUAAUGGGGGGUUUGUUGUCUAACAUAAAGGUAGUAUCCCAAAUAACAAUCUAUUCCCUAUAAUGCACUAUUUUGGCCAGAAUCCUAUGUGUCAGUCCUACGUUGCUCUGGUCAAAAGUAUUGCACUUUAUAGGGAAUAGAGUGUCAUUUAAGACGCAGCUCAACUUGUUCCCUUCAUCUGUGCUCCAUUCUGUCUCGUCUAUUUUGACUAAGUACAAAGAAAUUCAAUGUGAUUAAUAAAGUCCUUGUUUAUAA